CGAGUGCUUAAAAAUCUCUCUCUCUCUCUCUCUCUCUCUCUCUCUCUCGUGCUUUGCGGAUUUGAUUAUGGGUGGAAGCGAUUGAAGAAAUGUUUGAAUUUCACAGAGGAGACAAUAGUCAAAUGUGAAGUUUCCCCUCCAUUCCUAACAGAAUGGAUUGUGCUUCCUUGAAUGCACAGUUUGCUGCCAUGGUUUUGCCGCAUGGGAAAAGGAGGACUUUAACUCCCAAAGUCGAAUCUCUGAAGUUGAACAGAUUUGCAGGUUUCACUUCACUUGAUUCUCUGAAGUAUGGUGUCAGUGAACUCAAACUUCACCCCAAGGCGAGGAUACCAUCAGAGAAUUUGUCUCAAGAUAGUUUGGUCAUCAGAUGCAACCAUCCCCAAAAUGCUGAUUUUCCUCGGUAUUACUCAAAGAAAGAGAAGAAGCCUUUCCCAAUACCCAUAGUAGAACUGAGGCGAGCAGCCAGAGAGAGGCUUAAAAACAGAAAAGACCAGCCUAAAAGACCAAUACCUCCCCCAAAAAGAGGCUUGGUGGUUAAAAGGCUAAUUCCUGAGGCAUACAAUGUGUUUAAUGCGAGGGUGACACUGAUAAACAAUCUACAAAAGCUUCUAAAAGUGGUGCCUGUACAUGCUUGCAAGUGGUGUAAUGAAAUCCAUGUGGGACCUGUUGGGCAUCCAUUCAAGUCUUGCAGAGGUCAAGGAGCUUCAUUCCGCAAGGGAGUCCAUGAUUGGUCAAAUGCAGUUGUCGAAGACAUAUUGGUGCCAAUUGAGGCCUACCAUCUCUUUGACCGGCUUGGGAAGCGUAUACCUCAUGAGGAGAGGUUUUCAAUUCCUAGAAUUCCAGCUGUGAUUGAGCUCUGCAUCCAGGCUGGGGUUGAUUUACCUGAAUUCCCCACAAAGAGGAGGAGAAAACCAGUAAUUCGUAUUGGAAAAAAUGAAUUUAUCGAUGCAGAUGAAAGUGAACUACCAGACCCUGAACCAGAGAUGCCUCCAACGCCAUUGUUAACUGAACUACCCGCUGAUGAAAUGGUGCCUCCAUCAAAUGCAGAAGAAACGGCUUUGCUUGCUGAGGAAACACUGGAAGCAUGGGAGGAAAUGAGGCGAGGGGCCAACAGGCUAAUGAAGAUGUACCCGGUGAGGGUUUGUGGUUAUUGCCCGGAGGUGCAUAUAGGCCAAAGUGGACACAAAGCACAGAACUGCGGAGCACAUAAGCACCAGCAAAGGAACGGGCAACACGGGUGGCAAGCAGCCGUGCUUGACGACCUGAUACCCCCGAGAUACGUGUGGCAUGUACCCGAUCCUAGUAAGCCGUUGUUGCAGAGGGACUUGAGGAACUUUUAUGGUCAAGCUCCGGCGGUGGUGGAGAUCUGUGUGCAGGCCGGGGCGGCUGUGCCGGAGCAAUACAAGCCAACCAUGAGGUUGGACGUGGGGAUUCCUACCAGUGUAAAAGAAGCUGAAAUGGUGGUCUAGAGGUUUCUUGUUUCUUUGUUUUGAUUAAGAUUGUAGAGGAAUUACUGGCUUUGAGCCCCGUUGCAACAUUGCUCAGAUGUCAAUGCUGUUUGCAUAUUGAUUUCAACAUAGUCAGUCACUGGCA